GAGACGCCCAGGUCACAGAAGCAGUAGGUCAGAAGCCAGAGGGGACGUGAGGAGUGCCACUCUGGAGCCUACCGGCACACCUGUUGAGAUGGAGGCCUCAGAUGGGCAAGGGGGUGAAGGGGACAAGCCACUGGAGAAGGUGACAAAUGCACCCUGCCUAGAGACGAGCUCCAGCGCCAGCCCGGCCAGAGACUCACUCCUGCGCCAUGCCAAGGGCCUGGAUCAGGACACCUUCAAAAUUUGUAAAGAAUACCUAAGACCACUGAAGAAGUUCCUGCGAAAGUUGCACCUGCCCGGGGACCUUCCCCAGAAGAAGAAGCUCAAGUACAUGAAGCAGAGCCUUGUGGUCCUAGGGGACCACAUCAACACCUUUCUGCAGCAUUACUGCCGAGCCUGGGAAAUCAAACACUGGAGAAAGAUGCUCUGGCGGUUCGUCUCCCUCUUCUCAGAGCUGGAAGCAAAGCAGCUUUGCCGACUUUACAAAUACACCAAGAACAACCAGCCGGCCAAGUUCCUGGUGGCAUUGUACCCCUUGGAUGCACCAGAGAGAUCCUUGCUGGCUGACCAGGAAGACAGUCUGCCCAAGCUCUGUGAUGCCUGGGGGCUGCGUGGCGACAUCAGCAGCGUGAAGGAGCGGCUGUCCAAGAUGCAGGCCCCAGCUCAAGGGAGUUCCCUGCCUGGGGAGCAGACAUCCCAGGACCAUGUCGAGAGAGAUUCUUUAAGGAAACUUUCUCAAACAUCAAAACUCAAGAGAAGGAGGAUGACGGAAGUCCCAGAAACUCCAGAGACUAACCCAUAAGAAGAUCUGCUGGGACAAAAGGCCAGUUCACCCUGGCUCUCAGAGCAUGGGGAAUGGGGACCAAAAAGGGGAAAGAAGAAAAUUAUCCUUAUCAAAAGGAUGCUCAGGUCUUAAUUAGAAAUCAAUGAGGUGGGAAAUAAACAUUCUUAUGACAGUUCUACUUUA